UCACCCAUUCUCGUACUUAACUUCACAGCACGGCAACAAAAUGCUGCAUUUUCGCCGUAAUUUUUGCACAGCAAUUAAAAACAAGCUAAAAGACGAUGCCUCGACAAAAGCGCCUCACAAAUUCAUCUCGCACAUCCCGCUUUUCGACUUGGAAAAGGCCUCGUACCAAACGGCGCUUCGUCACAGCCUGAAACAUCGCUGCAGCAAAUUCGAUUUCGACCAGAUAAAAAUGCAGCACGACUUAUUGCUCGACAUCGAACGCAUUAUGGCGAAUUUGGAAGCUGCCAAGAAGGAAGUCAACAAAAAAUUCAACGAAGCUGAGACGAAGGAAAUUCUGGAAAAGUGUCAGUACGAGGGAAAAUUGAUCCGUGAAGACAUCCGAAGCUUGAAAGAAGUUCUCGUUUCGCUGCGGGAAGAAGUAAAUUUAAUUUCGCAAAAAUUACCGAAUUUUUUGCAUGAAAAAGUGCCGUUGGGCGAUGAAAAAGACAUUUUUUACGAGCAACCCGGGACUUUUAUGAAACAAGGAACGACAGAAACGCAGCGAAAUUCCUUCCCAAAUUGCACUUUUAGUACGGAAAAAGACGCGUGGCUCGAUUUAAUUCUCGAUGAAAGCUGUCGAACUUUUGACGCAAGAAAAUUUCGUUCAAACAUCAAAUCCGGACUUUUUAAGGAAUUUUGUGACACGCGCAGGAGGAAUUUCGCCGAAGAAAAUUGCGCCGUGUACGAAGAAGACUUGCACGUCGAAGAUCAAUUCCUGAAACUCGUCGGCGGAGGAUCUUUCGCCUCAUUUUUGCCAUACAUCACAAAAUUAUCGCUCUUUUCCUCAGCUUUGCCCUUGAAAUUAGUGACUAUGGGACGCGAAUAUGGCGCUUUUGAUGAUCCUCAAGCAGGUCGAAUGCCAAGUCAAGCUCAAACAGUGUCAAUUUUCGAAGCAAACAAGACGGAAAAUGACUCUUUGGACCGAAUUGACGCCCUUUGUGACAUUUACAAGAAUUAUUACUCAACUUACGGGCAAAGUUUCCGUUUUAAUUACGCCCCAGCGAAAGAUCUGACACCUUCGGAGGCAUUGCGCAUCGAUGUCGAAGUCGAAUCCGCAUACACGAAUGAAUUUGUGACCGUUGCGAACAUCAGAUAUUUCGGAAAUUACAUCAGCAAAAGGACUUUAUUCAAUUUCCGGCAGGAAAAUAGCAAAAAAAUCGCAUUUCCUUACAUGAUUGGCGGCACUUUUUUGCAUAUGCCGAAAUUGUUGAGUGUUGUGAACACAGAUACCAUUGAAAUUGACUCAUAUUUUACGCAGUAAAUAGGUGAUAUAAUAAAAAUUGCAAAAAAGUUUAUUGUUGACACUAAA